AUGGAUGAUGAUGACGACCUCGUCCGCUUUGCCACGAAUCUCUUUUUUGCCAGAGAGAAUGAGGGGGAGGUCAAAUUGCCGGUGAUUCGCUCCGGUGAUCCCAGCAAUCCUUGCAGUGUACGCUGCUACACCCAGGAUUUAUCUGGCCAGGCUGGCGUGCGGUAUUCGCAUGUGGACACCGUCCUCGAGUUUCCCACAGGCUCAACAUUGCAGCACGUCACAAUCCCCAUCCUCACAGACACCGCCUGGCAUACCUGCGAGGAGUUCGCCGUAAAGCUAUCGGAGCCGGAGCGGUGUUUCAUUCGAGGAGGUGGCUGCCGUGUCAAGAUCAUCGACGAGGACUCCUUUCCAAGCAAUGACAUCGCCGAGUGUCUAUUAGCUCCGAACUCAUUGGACGACGUACCAUUAAGGAAGUUUGCCUGGAGUUUCAUCACGCUUUGCAUGAUGCAGCCCAGAAUCAAGAUGAAGGCGCUUGUUCACGUUAGCAUCUCUGUGAUGCACAAUCUGUACUUUCUCUUGACUGUCUUUUUGAAGGUGUAUCUCAUCAAUGUGCUUCUGGCCAAAGCAAGGGAAGAAGCUUCAAGAGCGGCAGUGGCCGAGGCCGCUGUCUCGUCGUCGUCGGACUCAGACUCACAGAUCGACUCACAGACGAGCCGUCUUUUGAAGGAGGACAUCGGGGGCAGCGUGUUUGGCACACAACUACUGGUGCCAGACAACCUGGAAGCCACUGCGUUGGUGCUUGGGAUGUUCUAUUUGAUUCCCUUCGCCAUCCUGCACGUACUGGAUGUGCUGAGAGCUAGACUUGGCAUUUCCGGCACCAUCCGCAGAACACUGGUGUCUGCGCUUUUUCGCCGCUUCAUGAGCUUCAAGGCACACGAACGAGCGAAGAUACCUGAUGCAGACAUCUCCAUGGCUUGUGUGCGGGACAUACCUCUUUUGGUGCAUGAUGGGUUCAUGCGAGGCUUCCACCUCAUCGAGGUCUUGCUUCGCAUCUUCGUGACCAUGAUCUUCUUGCUUGUUCAGAAUCGCUACACCGCCAUACCGUUUGCCAUCUAUCCCAUCCUGGCACUACUUUGGAUGGCUGUGCGGUCGCCGGAGAUGCGAACACUGCAGGACCGGAAGCUAGCCGCGGACAAUGCAGUUGUGCGAGGCGUUCACCAAGCCUGCGUGAAUCAAGAUCUCAUCCAGGACUUCAAGAAGCGCUCCAAAGCUGUGGACCGGUUUUGGGACUAUGUGGUUGCGCAAAGCAAAGCCAUAAAUGGUUGCUCGGUCAUGGAUCUGAACAACAGCAGGUUCUUUCCCUGGCUCACGACGAUCUCAAUGGUGGCGUAUACGUUCUUCGGCACGCGGCAGUUGCAGCGAGGCGAGUCUAGCGUCGGGACGUUCGUGGCGACGUUUGGAAUAUUCCACGAGGUUGGCGCAUCGAUGGAAGCUGGUUACGAUACAAUGAUCACGAUGUUUCAAGCAUUCCAGUUGGUCAAGAACCUCACCAUUCUCCUGAAUGUGCCGACAGACGACGAGGACCGGAUGGAGUCGACAAACCGCAGGCUGGUGCGUGGCAUAGAAGAGCGUCAAGCUUUGCAACGCAAGCCUUUAGAUGAUCCCUCGCAGUACAUCGAUGACCUGAUCAACAUCAAAAUCAUCGAUGUGGUAUACGUUGCUGGACUGCGUGAUUGGAAUCUGCUUUGA